UUUGAGUUGAGAAAUUAUCAAAGAAAAAAAAAUAAAAAUAAUUUUAAAACGUAAAAAAAGUUUUUUGAAAAACAAAUAAAGAAAGAAAAAAUAAUCAAAAUUAUGAUCCGGAAAUUAUUGAUAAUAAAUAUUUUCUUUUUUGCCACAUUUUCAUUAAAUAUUGGUGCGCCAUAUUAUGGUACUCUAAUAUUGGGACAUGAAGCAGAACAAAAUCAAUUCCCAUGGCAAGUUUCGAUAACAAAUUAUAAAAAAAAUGGUCAAAUAAAUAUAUGUGGUGGAACAUUAAUAUCAAAUCAAUGGAUUUUAACAGCAGCAACUUGUUUAGGAAAUGAAAGUGAAAAAAUUUUAAUUGGUUUAGGUUCAAAUGAAUUAAAAUCACCGGCAAUUAUUCGAACUGCUACAAAUACAAUUAUACAUAAAGAUUUUAAUCCGAAAGAUGUACGUUUACCAAAACAUAAUUUAGCAAUAUUAAAAAUGAAUGAUACUGUUAAUUUUACUGAUUGGAUUGAACCAAUUUUAUUACCUGGUGAAGAUCAAAUGGGUUUAUCAUUUGAAGGUGUUAAAGCAAGAAAUUCUGGUUGGGGUACAAAAGUUAUUGAAAUACCAAAUGAUAAAAAAACAUCAUCAUCAACAACUGAUUCAUUAAAUUGGCAUGAAUUAACAGUUAUAUCAAAUCAAGAUUGUCUUUCAUCAUAUACUGAUGUAACAAAUGAAGCACUUUGUACAAGAGUUAUUACCGGAGGUAAUGUAUGUUUAUCUGAUAUUGGUGGUCCAUUAGUUAUAUUAGAUCCAGAAGGUUGGAAAUUAGUUGGUAUUGCAUCAUAUACACUUGAUUGCGAUUCAUCAUAUCCAGCUGUAUUUUCACGUAUAACAUCAUAUUUAUAUUGGAUAUCAGAAGUUACUGGAAUUAAAUUGAAUUAUUAUUAAUUAAAACCAAAUUAUAUAUGUAUAUGUACAUGUUAAAUAGGUGAAUAAUAUAUAAUAUAAAAAUUGUGGUUAUAUAAUAUUUUUAUAUACAGAAUAAUAUGCAAUUUGUACAAAUUAUAUAUUAAAAAAAAUAUAAAAAUUUUAAAUAUUUAUAUUGAAAUUAAUUAAUGUAAAUGCGAAUGUUAUAUAAUAAGUCUCAUAAUUUUAUUUAUUUCAUUUUAGUUUAAUAAAAGAAAAAAAUUUUAUUUUAUUAAUUUUUUAAAUUCUAUGCGUAUAUUUUAUAUAUAAUAUAAUUAAACUAUUUUUAUUUUUUUCAAAAUUUUUGGAUUUUCUUAAAUUUUGUAUGCAUGUAUAAAUGCAGGUUAAUUAAUAUAUACUUAGGUUUAGAAUAUUUAAUACGGGUUAUUAAAUAUUCUGAAAUAUGGGGGAAAGUAUUGAUUAUAAAAAUUAUACAUAUAUAAAUUAUUUAUCAAGGUGUGUAGAAAUCAAUAUUGUAGAUAAUUCGGUUUAAAAAUUUGUUUUUGUUGAAAACAAUCUUAUUCUUAUAUAUAUUAUUAAGUAUUACAGAUGGAUUUAAAAAAAAUUAAAGCUCAUAGGCCGGCAUCUAGAGCAAAAAGAAAAAAAUAUAUAUACUAAGUAAAACAAAAAUAAUCUUUUUUUUUUUGGGAAAUAUUCGCAAUUACGAAAGUGAAAUAUAAAUUUAAUUUAAUAAAGGUGUAAGGUUUUCUCUAUAACACAAAUCAAAUGUAUGCUGAAUUUUGAUUCAUAGUGAUAAUAAUUUCAGAGUUCACAGGUAUAUAGUGUGUACGUUAGCGCCAUAUAGAGAGGUAUAGAUAAAAUUCAAUUCCACUUCAUGCGGCUUUAAGAUAUUCUAGUAAAAACUGUAAUAGUAAAAUAUAUUGAAAUUUAUUAAUUGUGGAAAAAAAAUUAAUUUGUGUCAAAAAUUCAAAUUUAAUCUUUGUAUUAACUACUUCCGUUUUCUGACGUUGUUAUAA